ACAAUUUACAACAAACACUAGUAAGGUAGCGGGUUUAGCGGUGAGCAGUUGGUUCCGAUGAAUGGGUUGGCGAGCGAACCGCAUUUCGGUACCCAUAACCCAUAAAGCCAAAGUCACAAAACAACUAAUUAGUACUUUAGUAGGUCUGAGUCAUUGACUUGCGUAUACGUUCUUUGUGAAUCCUUCGAUGGUUUGUGAUCAAUGUGCUAAAGUAGGUGAUGGUACCCAUGGCAAGCAUGGGUGGCUGAAUGGUGGAAACUUAACUUAGUAGAACGAAUACCGAUAGUAGAUGAUCAUUUAGCUGCUGCACUUUGAACAGAAAAUUAUACAGGGUGAUUUAUUCAAAUUCGGGCUUCCAUCGGAUAGUACCAAAGUUAUUUGGAUCGGAGCCUUGAAGCACAGCCAGUACCAAAAGUGACAAUCACGUAAAAUGCGCUCUAAUAUGCUGACCUGGAAGUUAGCAAGCGGAAAUCUGAUAAGAAAAUAAGUAAACUAGCCAAAAUGGAUCCUGGAAUCGUAUGUUUCCAGCAUUGCGGCCCCAAAGUGUUUUGCUUCCUACUGCCCCAGACUUGCCCAGUAUGCGGGGAGGACUUGGGAGCAGCCAAUUUCUCCCUGCUUCCCUUCAGAGUUCCUUAUCCAUUUAUUCGAGCCUCCCAGUACCCAUGUGCGGUAGUAAUCAAGCCAACAACAGGGGACUUUUUAAACGAUUACUACAACUCAAUGGACCUGCAUAUCGGUGUCACGACAUCCACCGGUACCAUCGUUGAAUUCGACAAACAAGGCCUAAGAAAACAUCGAUCAAACCAUUGGAAUCAGUGUUUGCUGCUCGACCAGGUCACUUUGCCUUGGAGAGAACACUGGGACACCACCUUGUGGCAGGUAUGCAAGCAGAAAUGCUGGUCAGCGAAAACAUACAGUGAAGACAACCAUAACUGCUACAGCUUCGUGCUGACCUUCCUAGUUACGUUAAUGUACAGAAACUUGAGCGAAGCUGCCCGGAACCGGACAAUGUUUUGCGAAAAAUUCAUCGUGCCCAGAACGACGGCGGCAGGAAAAUACAUUUCCUUGUACAGGAAACUCAAGGAGUUCGGCUUCUACGUUCACAGGCAUCAAUGAUUCUCUGGGCAGCUAGCUGGAAGCUUUGCAGCUGAAUUAGACCAAAGUUUUAGUAGUUUUUUAGUUUUAGCUAAAUAAAAAUGUUAUGAUUGCAA